CUCUCUCGCACUCAUACAAUUGAACUUAGUUAAAAUGUAGUGUACACGUGCGUUGUUUUUAAUAUACAAUUUAUAUAUAACAUUACCGUAUUGUUACUAACAAUCUAUGAUGGCUAGCACCAGCGUACACAAUGAUACUCCACAAGUACAAAUCCGAUUUCUUACAAAACAAGAACAGUACGCAGUUCCAGAUUUCCCAUUAUCCGUACACACAUCUAUUGUACCAAGCGAAUUAAAUACUCUCGUAAAUGAACUUCUAAAAGAAUCGACCGAUAUAAGGAAUGCUAUAGAAUUUGAUUUUUUGGUGUUUUCUCAAUUUUUACGUACUUCGUUGAACGAGCAUAUAGCGGAGAGGAAUGCUUCCACAGAGGAAGUAAUAAAUGUCGAAUACGUCGAAAAAUAUCCGCCACCAGAACCACAGGACUGUCUGAUACACGAUGAUUGGGUAUCUGCUGUUGCAGUUUGCGAGAAAUGGAUAUUAACUGGCUGCUAUGACAAUACGCUGCACAUCUGGACAUCAAAAGGAAAACAUCAUCUCGUUAUUCCUGGCCAUACAUCGCCGAUUAAAGCUGUAGCAUGGAUAUCCUUGAAUAACGAUACCGCUAGUUUUGUUAGUGCAUCUCAAGAUCAAACAGCUAUAAUAUGGGAUUGGAAUAUUACAGAAAAUUCUGUAGAUUGUAUACACGUAUGUAGAGGACACGAGCGUGGACUAGAAGCUGUUAGCGUUAAUUAUGAUAAAUCAUUGAUCGCUACCGGAGCUUGGGAUACGAUGCUCAAAAUAUGGUCUACGUCUAAUCAAGAUGAAAACGAAGAUGGUGAAUCUAGCUCGAAAAGAUUAAAGUCUGAACAUGGUAAAACAAGAGUACCCAGAAGGACGAUGAAAGGUCAUAAAGAAGCUAUUAGUGGAAUAGUAUGGUCCGAUAAAACAGAGAUCAUAACGUCCUCGUGGGACCAUACAAUGAAAGUGUGGGAUUCAGAAUUAGGAGGGAUUAAACACGAACUCGCUGGCAAUAAAAGUUUCUUCGACAUCGAUUACUCUCCGUUAUCCCGUGUGCUUAUAGCAGCGUCCGCUGAUAAGCACAUCAGACUAUACGAUCCAAGAUCUACAGAGGGAACCCUUGUAAAAACACUAUUCAGUUCUCAUACGCAAUGGGUGCAAUCCGUAAGAUGGUCAACCGUGGAUGAAAACCUUUUUAUUUCGGGAGCGUAUGAUAACGAUAUGAAACUUUGGGAUACCAGAAGCCCAAAAGCACCAUUGUUCGAUCUUUCCGGACACGAGGAUAAAGUAUUAUGUUGUAACUGGUCGAAUCCCAAAUUCAUGGUGUCUGGAGGUGCCGAUAACACUGUAAGAAUAUUUAAGUCAAAACAUGUUCUUUGUUAAACAUACAUUAACAGCUUGUAAUUCUUAAAUAUAACAGAGAAAGAAAAUCUGGCAAAUAGUGCAAAUUAAUAAGAAUAAGCUAAUUUUUAUUGUUUUAAUAUUUAUUAUAAUCUAAAACAAACAAUGUUAAACAUCUAAACGAAAUAGAAUUCGGUAUAUCGUCGUUGGAAAACAAUAUUAAUCACGAAAUCAUGUAUCUCACUGUAAAAUGAUAGAAACAUACGAUUCGCGCUUACAGUUGCAAUACCAUACUCGAAAUAAACGUGAAUGCAAAUCGAGAAUUAUGCAUAUAAAGUAAUUACAACUAUUUUCGUACAAAUAAACACAUUUAGAAAAAUCAAAAACCCAUGUUUCCAGUAAAAGAAAUCGUAUCGUGGCCUCAAAAAAGCUCUUUGUGUCAAAUCAAAAUUCGCACUUUUAUUUCAAUGAAUUUUCUUUUUGUUGCAAUGUGUCAGUUUUAAUUUACCCUCGUAUUUUACAUCAUUAUAAAAUCACCACUUAAUUGACAAAACAGGAGAUCUAGUAAUAAUCGUUCGUACAUUAUCAGCACCUCGGUUGUUUUUCUUUUUUUUUUCUUUUUUUCUUUUUUUUUGUUAAGAAAGAAUUUCGAAUCGUUUUUAUUUGCGCACAAAUCAAAGCGUUUACUCAAAAUAGUACAAAUCGCAUCAGCAUAAGGUGUUAAAAGUUCUAAGAAAAAGAUUCGUUUACGUUCUACCGUAGAGUGCCAAAAUCGAACACGGCAUGAUUAUUCUCCAUGGUCUUGUGUCUCGCAAAAAACAAUUCUACCGUCGGUUAUAAUAGAGGCGGACGCUGGAUGUAAUUACACAAUACGUUAGGAUAAUGUGGGGGGGCUUAUGAUUUUAAUAUUACUUACAAAGGACAAUAUUUGUUCAGUCUAUUGCACAUGCUGUACUGCUACACAGUAGUAUACACAAUAGUAUAACCUUUUGUUAACCGAUGCCUAUGAAGAAGAAUGUGUAAUUUUUUUUUUCUUUUCGUUUUAAUUCGUUAAGCUCUCUUUCAGUUCUAAAGGAUACCAAAAAACGUGUCGGGGCGUUAUUAUUUUUCAUUUGAAAAAGGCAUAUACAAUAGUCGCUAGUUGAUUCGACAGAAGGCAUAUUCAGUGUGGAGUAUGUGUAAAUACAGUCACUGAUUUUUGUACGAGAGUAAGUUUUUAUUUUACAGACUUUACAUUUCGUUUGUUGCUUCCUCGCGGAUGUUACUACAUUGGAAACGAAACGAAACGAAAAAAAAGAAAAGAAAAGAAAGAAAGAGAAAACGUAAGAGGAGAAACGAAAGUAAGUUUGGAAAUACGUCGAACGAAAUCGAACCCCAACCGAGAUAGUGUAGAUGCAGACCAAAGGCGAAUCCGUGAAACAUUAAAUGUGUUUGGGGAUUCACUCUCUGUACGCGAAGAGAUGCAAAAAGUUGUUCUCAGUGGCGGACUACCCGAAACUCAGGAAAGGAAAAGAAAUCGAAUAAAUCCCCAAAACAGAUCGUUUAUUGAUCAAAAAUAAGGGAUGAUAAUAAUUAAGAAUUUGAUUCUUUCACUUUGAAAUAUACCAAACCAUACUUGUAAGUAACUCUAAAACUGUUCGGUGCACGCUCCGAUACAAAGUGUAGAGUGUCGUUUAAGAGCGUGCACGCGCAGUGUGCAGUUUACAGUAACAGUGUGUCUGCAGUCUGUGUCGUGUAAUAGGCAGAUGGUUUUAAAGUACGCAUUAUAAAUUAUGCAUACACCUACACACCACAUGCUCGGUCGCGCUUCCUCUCGCUCUCUCGCAAUGUAAUCACUUUCUCACGUUCUUUCGCUCUUUCUCUCGCUCUCGCUCUCUCUCUCUUUUUGUUGUCUGUUUUCGUUUGCACUUUUUUCAAUUUUUUUUUCCAUUUUUAUUUUUUAGAAGACCCUAUCUAACCCCCACAUUAUCUCACACAAAGACUAGCGUUUUUAAACGAUCCAAAAUAAACUAAGGGCACUUUUAGUGGCGUAUGCCCUGUUCUUAUUUCGAGUUUCAUGAAAAAUCUAAUUCUGACCGUUGUUAAACUUUGUUUUUUUUUUUUUCUAUUACAGCACCUAUCGACUUCUAAGAGUCCCUAUCUUAACUAGCUAUGACACACUUGCCUUAAUCUAGAAUUUCAUUACGUGCUAUGCCUCGCCAUCUUAAAGUAUCCGAACCUAGUGUAUUUUUUUUUUUUUUUAAUCAUUCUUUUUCUUAAAUCAAUCCUCGUACGGAUGCGAACUGUGUACCUUGGAUGCCUCGACAUCGUUUCUCUUUCUCUCUUUUUCUCUUGUUUUUCAUGUUCUCAUUGGUCGCACACCGCAUAACAAUAUCAUGGAGAGAAGAAACAAAAAAAAUUAAGCAGACGGUGUAUGGUAUUGUUUUGGAGAAUUACAUGUUUUCGUCUCGAAAGGAAUUCGAACGCAACAGAGAGCAAGCACAGGAUCAAGAAACGAAGAGAGAUUAGGGGGGGGACAGAUCGUAGGAGAAACAGGGAGAGGGGUGGAAGUUAGAAAAAGGACAGUGGGGGGAAAAACGUAAUUACAACUUAAAAAAAAAAAAGAAAAGAAAACCUAGCGCUUAACAGUGUAAAACAAUGACUUAAAAACUCGGUGAACCUAAGGGACUGUACAAGUCGAAGUACGAUGAUGCGUCCUUGACAUCAUCGAGUCAACUAGGACUCGCUUCGCUUAAGCCGAUAUUCGACUAAAUGUUACUUUUUUUGUUUACUUAAAAAAACACCCUACGUUUUUUUUUUUUAUUCUCAUCUUUCUACAAUCAGCCUACGACUACGUGUGAAUUCUAAUCUAAAAGAGGCUACGCUAGAACUCUAGAGAAAGCUUACGGAAAGCAGCAUUGCUUGGAAAACGAAGUUCCCAAAUGGUUUUUCGUAAACCACACCCGGCCAGCCCAAGCACCCGACCCGCGGUGCGCAGCAAGCAGUCCUUACUAUUACAGUAGAUAAUAUGUUGUAGAAUAAUAUAUAUUUAUUAUUAAUAUGAAUAGCCAGUCAGUCUUGACGGGUGCGAGGUGCAUAGGCUGAACGGUGCCUCGCCUAAUGUGUUUAGACACGGAGAGGCAGUUGUAUCCUAACUAUCAGCUAACUAUCUACCUAAACUUAAUCGCUUAAUCGAUUACUUCCUAUCCAAAAUGGUGCCUAGUCUAUUCAUAGUCAACACUAACUACACAACGUUCUCGCUGUGUUUUGUUUUUUUUUCUUCUUCUUCUUUCACGUUCUAUACAAUAGUUACGCGCUCGCUCGUCUCACUUGCACUCCGUCUUCUCCCCAUUUUUUUACCCUCCUCAGCCUUCCUUUGCACACUAUCUUUAUCAAUCUUUCACUCUUUCACUUUCAUUCGCCCGCGCUAUCUUUCUUCGUUCCUUUCGCACACGUUAUCCCUUGCAUCCAUGAUCUUCCUGUUUCUCUCAAUUAUUUUUUCUCGUCUCUCUUUCUCUCUGCCCGCUCUCCAGUGCGGCUCCGUAUCUGCGGAAGCUGGCGUUUUAUGUCGGCCGAAAACCAUCCGUUCUUCCGCUCGGUCAGCACUAGUGCUGCUCUUUGUUUGGUCGUCACAAUAAUAAUUAGUUAUUUAGUACAAGUCUAUUAGUAAAAUUCUUCAAAAUUCACUAUUUAAUCACAUGUGAUUUUUUGUUGUCAGUCGUGGUGACAAUCGCUUGUGCAACAAUUACACACUCGCAAAUAGGUUCUCCCCUUUCGCCCCCUUCCAUCUCAUCUUUCUUUCUCUCCCUCUUAAUGCGUGGACUCAAAUCGAGUAAUAAUCGGUCUCUUAAAAAAUAGCUCAUACCACUUUUUUCAUCUUUUAUCUCUUGUCAUCAAAUCGUGAUGUACCAAAAUAAACUAAAUAUAUUAUUUACUUCAAGUCUCAACAGUGUAAAAAUCUUUCAUACUUUAGAUGACGUCAAUAAUAGUAAUCGUUAAUUAUAAUAAUACAGCAUAUUAUUGUAAUAUUAUAAUAAUAGCUACGAUCGCCUCUAACUCUAUCUAACUACCUGCCCGCCCACUUCGAGCCCAAAGCUCGCAAUAUUUGGUAGAAAGCUUUCUGCUAAUCGUCCUUUCUCGACUCGAUCUAAGUCAGACAACGUGAAAACUGUGCCGGAUAUAGUAAAAAAACGGGCUUAGAGGAACGCAGGAGAGGAGGGUGUUCCUUUUUUUUUUUGUUUCUCUCAAAAUACCGCGCGUAGAUAGAAAAUCCUCGGCUUAUCUUUUUUUUUUCUUUCUUUCUUUCAUUCUUUAAUUCCCUUUCGUUUAUCUCGCGUUUCGAUCCUCUCGCCUAUCGUUCUCCUCCAGUCCCAUUAUCCUCGGUUCAUUUAGUAACGCGUUAUUCGUUUGUUCGAUAUAAUAAAUUAAUUUACACUCUAUCUAUUCGUAUCCCGUCGUAACAAGCCUACUGUCUCUCUUUUCUCGGGCGGUGUGAAUAUUUCGGUUUACAAUGAUCCGCCAUUUGAUUUCUUUUUGUUCCUAGACUCCGCACGGACCGUACGGUGUUUCGG